GUUGAGUGUUGCAGUGCGCAUGCUCAGUGUAGUAGCCGGUUAUGGCGGCGGUGUGUGUUUGUCCAUGAGGUGGGGGACGCUUGCUAUUCUUGCGGUCUGUGACAGAGCGAUCCGAACGAAGCGCUGCCAUGGCAGGAGUGUUUGACAUUGAUUUGGACCAGCCGGAGGAAAAUGUGUCCGACGAUGAGAAUGAGGAGGCUCAACUCAAUGAUAUCAUGGACCAGUGCAGUGGAUUUGAGUUCAACAUGGACGACUGUGAGAAGAUUGAGAUAUCGGAGGACAACGUCAAUCAGGGGACGGAGAACAUCAGACCGGAGUGCUUUGAGCUGCUGCGGGUCCUGGGGAAAGGUGGUUAUGGAAAGGUUUUUCAAGUUCGAAAAGUCGUUGGAGCCGCAGCUGGCAAAAUAUUUGCCAUGAAAGUUUUAAAAAAGGCUAUGAUUGUACGCAACGCCAAGGACACGGCCCAUACCAAGGCAGAGAGGAACAUCCUGGAGGAAGUGAAGCAUCCCUUCAUUGUUGAUCUCAUCUACGCCUUCCAGACGGGAGGGAAGCUGUAUCUCAUCUUGGAGUACUUGAGUGGAGGAGAACUUUUCAUGCAGUUGGAGAGGGAAGGCAUCUUCAUGGAAGACACAGCCUGUUUCUACCUUGCAGAGAUCUCCAUGGCUCUUGGUCACCUGCACCAGAAGGGAAUCAUCUACAGAGACCUAAAGCCUGAGAACAUCAUGCUCAACAGCCAAGGCCACGUGAAGCUGACAGACUUUGGGCUGUGCAAAGAGUCCAUUCACGACGGCACGGUCACACACACUUUCUGCGGCACCAUCGAGUACAUGGCCCCGGAGAUCUUGAUGAGAAGCGGACACAACAGAGCGGUGGACUGGUGGAGUCUGGGCGCUCUGAUGUACGACAUGCUCACGGGAGCGCCACCGUUCACCGGUGAAAACCGAAAGAAGACCAUUGACAAGAUUCUGAAGUGUAAGCUCAACCUGCCGCCCUACCUCACACAAGAAGCUCGAGAUCUCCUGAAACGGCUGCUGAAGAGAAACGCCUCGUCACGGCUGGGAGCGGGAGCAGGAGACGCCACAGAGGUGCAGACUCAUCCCUUCUUUCGACACAUCAACUGGGAGGAUCUGCUGGCUCGGAAAGUGGAGCCGCCCUUCAAACCUUUUCUCCAAUCAGCUGAAGACGUGAGUCAAUUUGACUCGAAGUUCACCAGUCAGACACCAGUCGACAGCCCGGAUGACUCAACCCUCAGCGAGAGUGCCAAUCAAGCCUUCCUGGGUUUCACAUAUGUCGCCCCAUCAGUCCUUGAAAACAUCAAAGAAAAGUUCUCAUUCGAGCCAAAAAUCCGCUCACCUCGACGGAUCAUGGGCAGCCCAAGAACACCUCUCAGCCCAGUCAAGUUCUCAGGAGGGGACUGCUGGGCUCGUAGCCCCCUGCUUCCCGGCGGAGGACCAAGUGUCCUCCAGUCACCUCAGGACCAGGCCAUGGAGUUGUCCACACCCGAGCAGAUGGACGUCACGACAAGCUCUGAGGCCUCGGCCCCUCUUCCCAUCCGUCAGCCUGCUGGGGUCAACCUGGCUCAGAUGAAGCAGCAAGCCUACCCUGCUGCAGCCAAGCGGCCUGAGCAUCUACGUAUGAACCUAUGACCCGCUGCCCUUCUUUAGGAGAGUUUAUUUCUUGACUCUUUUGGUUUUUUUGUUGAUAUUUUUUAAGAAACAAAGCAAAAUGAUAUGGAUGCUAGAGACAAUUAAAAUCCAAAAUUGCACAUCCACACACUACAGAUACUGUCACAGCCUGGAGUUUGUGCAUGGGUCUCAGACUCCAGUGCGCUGCAGUUACAAGUGCUAGCGACGACAUCACCGUCUCACCACUUCUCCUCUGACACCUCAGGUCUCAUGACCUUUGUCUUCUGACCUACCCUUUCUGAACUUGACAAGUAGGACUGGAAAUCUUCUGAGGAGCCACAGCCUUUGUGCUACUGGGAAAUCAAAGGUGAUAAUGCAUCACACAGUAUGCAAGCAGUUUACUCUGAAAUGCAGUUGGUCUGCAGGAGAAGAUGACAUCCAAAGUGCUUUGUACUAUUUGAAUGAACGCCAGCGAGGAAAUUACUUCCACUGGGAGAUUCUGACAGUUCUUCUUAAACAAAAAAUGCCUCCUGGCCAUGAAUGAAAUGCUAUGAAUUGGGUUUAUUGUUGUCAAGAUCAAAGAAAUCAUUGUGAGCAGUGGAGAAACAAAGAUUCUGAUAUUGAUGAAUAUAGCUUUAUGUCUUACUAUGUUUUACAAAAUGGAUGCAUUAGCUGUGCUAUACGUCAGUGAUGAAUCAGAGAGCGUAAAUUAAAUGAGAAAAAAAUAAUAACUUGGACUUUUUACAUUCUUUUGACAUUGGUGUUGUGGAAGACUUGUUGAAUGGUUUAUUUGAUGUGGGAACCAUACUUCAGGCAUACUACGCUGUGGGAUGCAUCCCUGGAUUAGUUGUGCAGCUUGAUCACCAUCACCACCCAAAACAUCAAACUGACCCCGGUGCUGCUUUGUGUGACCCCACUCUGGCCUCUCAAGAGACUGUGGGGCCUCCGCUGUGACAGCAGGAGUUCAGACCCCAUCUGAUCCCUGGAGUGAAUCUUCAAUAGAGACUGUGGCACCAGUUGAUCUGGACACUGUCUGCAGUUGUGGGGUUUAAUGCUCCAAAACAUGUGGGGCAACAUUCAACGCCUCUUGCAUCAGUGUUCACUUGUUUAGGCAGGAAAUUUUAGAAAUCCUGAAAAGCAAGGAAAAUUCUAAUAAAAUGUAAAAAAAAAAAAAAAAAACUUAAAAAAAGAACUAAAAAACCACACAGAGUGCUUCAUGUCUUUUGUGUGUGCCGUUAAGUCAUCUGUAUUUCAGGAAAGAUGAGCAAAGACCUUGCAAGCUUGCUUCUUUUUUUAAUUACAUUAAAUAUGUUUCAAAUCUCAUCAACAUUGCAUCGUAUGAAUGUCAAAGUUCAUCAUCACUUUAGAGCACUACUGCGAGCAUAUUUAAAAUUUCUCACUAUACUGUCACCCUGUGCUAUCCUUUUCACUUGUAUGACUUGCAAUUUACACUCAUUGCAAAACAAUUAAGUAAUGAGGUAGCUCAUUGUGAGCUAAAUUUAAAAAAAUAAUAAUUUUUGGUAGCUGAAAUAGCAAUAAAUUACCACCUAAAAGCCAUUUUAGUAGACUAAUUGAUGUGAAUCAAGUAUAAAAAUGAAUAUGUGGCUGAAACAAAGUCUAAUAUGUCAAAAAAAAAAAUCUAAGCAAAUGUUGUAGCUUGGCUCUCACAAUGGAAUAUUGUCAAACUAAAGUGAUGUGCUGGCAGAUACUGAGCUUAAUGUAGAGCAUACAUGACUUUGGUGCAUUUCACAGCAAUCCCCAGCCAUAUACUGCAGUAAUCCAAAAUUGUCUGACCAUUUACAUGUGGUUCACAAAUUAGAAGAAAUUGCAGACUAUGCAAAGUGAGUUAAAAUGAGUCUUAUUCUCUCUCAACACGAACCCUGAUUGUACAUUACAUUUACAUUUGCCAGAGCAGUGGGAUUCUUAGUGCUGGCUUUAGAGAAAAUACUGUAACACUGAGUUCUAUGUACAAUAUAAAAACAUCAACACGGCAUUACUUGUCAAGUUUCUCACCACAGCUGCUGGUCUGGGAUCUGGAUUAUUUUGGUGCGUUAGAAAUUCACCCCAUUUUCACCUGCGUACAUUUCAAGCUUUUAUUGAUGCCCCACUCAGAUGGGAUCUGCUGGUGGAUCUUUGAUCCGCACUGCAAAACAUGUCUAGAUGUUCCUGUAAUAAACUGCUGCAUUGAUAAUUAAUAUGCAAUUAAUAUGUGUGUUGGCCUUUCACAUACACUGUGUCCCAAUAACAAUGCAUCUCUAAAUCGGGUCUACUGAUAACCAAGAUGUCUAACAUUGCUAUAGAAGAUUUGAAAUGUUGGUAAAACUGAUUGCGACAUAAAACCAAUUUAAUAUAUUUCAUUCAUUUAACGAAUGACGAAAAAGAAAUAAAAUAAUGGAAGCAUUCAUGUUGCGUAUAUUACCAAAAACAGUGUCACACAUUGAGUUUUCAUCAAUUUCACAACAUCAUCUUCAAGUUACUGUAGUAUUCCCUGCCUUCGUUAUAUGACUGCAGCUCCAACAAGGUUGAUUUUGAAUUGUUCAGAAAAACUAAACAAGGCACAAAUUACUUCA